AUGAGUGGAGGCAGCAAGACUGCUGGGCGUCUGGGGGCGGGGUGUGGGGAUGAGGCGGGGCGUGCCAGACCCGAGGGCUGGCCGUGGGGCGUGGCGCGCGCUGCCACCGUUUGCACCGAGGCCAGGGUGACGGCCACUGGCAGGUGGGGCUCCGAGAUGGACUCCCAGCCACCGCGCGCCCCUAGCUCUGAAAAAUACCCGGACAAGGGUGGGAAGACCGCGCCCCAGGAAGGUAGCGUGCAGCCACCCUUGGACCCAGUUGCUGAUGGCGCAGUCCAGCGCAGUAGUCUGCCUUGGGCGGCCCUCGUCAGGGCCUUGGGCCACUUCAAGCUGUCGUUGUUGGACGUGCAGCGAGGCCGGAUGCUGGCCCCCCUCAACCCACUGGCCAUGGACCAGGAACUGCCCACGAAGUGCACGAUACCUGAAAAGAAGUUCUGGGGUGACCAGGAGCCCCUCUCCAAGAUCCCAUUUCAAAUCCUGACCGGACACCAGCACAUUGUGAAUUCUUGUCACUUCUGUGUGGAUGACACAAAGCUCCUCAGUGGCUCCUAUGACGGCACGGUGAAGCUGUGGGAUGCUGUGGAUGGAUCUGUUGUUCGGGAUUUUGAGCAUGGGCCCGGAGCUCCUGUUUUAGAGUGCAGUGUCACGGCUGACAGCAGAAGAAUUGUCGCAGCAGCCUAUGAUAAGACACUGAGGACUUGGGACCUUGAGACAGGCAAGUUGCUGUGGAAGAUCAGUCAUGAAAGCAUCAUAGCCUCCUGUAAGUUUUCUCCUGAUGGUAAAUAUGUGGUCUCAGGCUUGGAAGUGGAUCAUGGAAUCUGGAUAACAGACGCGAAAAAUGCCACAACUGUGUCACACAUCAGGGAUCAUCACAAAAGACCAGUCACAGCCUGCUGCUUUGGCCCUGAUAGCCAGAAGGUGGCUUCCGUUUCCUUGGACAGGAGCAUCAAGAUCUGGGAUGUUACAUCCAAGGCCACACUGCUCACCAUCACUAAGGCACACAACAACGCAAUCUCAAACUGCUGUUUUACCUUCAGUGGCCAUUUCCUGUGUACAAGCUCUUGGGAUAAAACUUUAAAAAUAUGGAAUGUCCAUACUGGGGAGUUUCGGAACCGUGGAGCCUGUGUGACUCUGAUGCAGGGCCACGAAGGAUCUGUGAGUUCCUGCCACUUUGCCAGAGACACAUCUUUUCUCGUAUCUGGAGGUUUCGACAAGACUGUGGCUAUUUGGGAUGUAGGAGAAGGCUACCGGAAGCUCUCCUUGAAGGGUCAUAAAGACUGGGUGAUGGAUGUUGCCAUUAGCAACAACAAGAAAUGGAUCUUGUCUGCUUCAAAGGAUAGGACCAUGAGACUAUGGAACAUUGAAGAAAUUGACAAAAUUCCUUUGGUAAUGGAGUACAAAAAGGCUCUGGGCUUAAAGGUGAGACAGUGCGAAGAAUGUGACAGGCCUUUCUUCACUUAUGAAAGUGACAUCUUUUCCGAAGGAGUCACCAAAUGUGUGUUCUGCCGGACGGAUACAAAAGACUUGUCAGCAGAGACCCCAUCAUUACCAGAAAAGGACUCCUCAGCAGGCGAGAGCAGCCGGGGCAAGGAUGACUGA